AUGACCGAAACCGUCCUCGUCAUCGGUGCAACGGGCCACAUUGGCGUCUCAGCCGUCAUUGGUGCCCUGCGUACCAAGCGCAACGUCCUGGCCGUCGUGCGCAAUGCGGCCGCAGUCGAUAAGCUGUUCCGCCUCGCCGGGACCCGCGACGGCAUCACGACCGUAGAGGCCGACAUCACGUCCGAGCAUGGCUUACAGAGUGUCGUCGACAAGGUCAAAAAUGGCGAGCUGCCGGCGUUUCAGCACGUGUAUUCCGCGGUCGGUGGAGUAAAGACUACCACGCCACUGAAGGAUCUCAGCAUUGAGGACUUCCGCGCGAACAUGUCCAUCAAUUUUGAUACGAAUUUCUUCGCGUACCGCGCCACGAUUGGCUACUUGCUCUCUCAGUCCAACCCAACGACCUACACGGUCAUCACGGGCGCGAUAGGCGAUGUAGGCAUUUGGCCAGGUCCUGCCAUGUCACAGGGUGCGCUCUACUCGCUGGGAAUUUCGGCAGAGCUAGAGAAUCGCGACACCAACGUCCGUUUCAACGAGAUGUACUUGGCCUUCCCCGUCAUGGUCGAUGAGGAGGCUGUCAAGGAGGAGGCUGCCAAGAUGGGCGUCGUCAAGGCCAGCGACUUUGCGCGCUCUUAUGAGAACCUGUUAGCCAAGGACGAGAUCAAGGGCUCAAGAAUCUUCAUUUUUACUCCGGGAGAUAUUGACACGCUCAGGUGGGAGAGUAAGGCGUUCAAGGGUCCUCCGUCGUAG